AUGAAUACUAGCACAAAUGUUGAAGAUGCCUUAGAAGAUAUCAAACGACGAGCUUUUCUAUUGUAUUGGAAUGAACUAACAUCAGAGUAUCUUUUACCAAAUACCAUAGUUUUGGCUAUUUAUCUUUUAAUCGGAUUAGCCGGAAACAUAGCUGUCAUACUUGUAUACCAAUUCGGUUUGGAUAAAAAGACAGAUGGAAGGUAUUUUAUAGUACCACUGGCAUGGAUCGAUACGACCGCUUUAAUAGUAACAGCAGCGUUUAACCUUACUAGAAACAUGAAGCCAGUCAUAUUCCCUGGACAUGGAGCCUGCAAACUGCUUAUAUAUUUGAGUUACGUUACAACUUGCACUUCACUUUUUCUUCUGAAUGCCAUUGCAGUGCAGCGAUAUUUGAAAAUAUGCAAACCAUUUGGUUCACAAAUGAAUAUGCUAUGGAAACGUUUUUCUGUUCUUAUUUGUACCAUUGCGUCAGUUCUGUUGUACAUACCUGUGUUGUUUUACUAUGGAGUUGUAGAAACCAUUAAUCAUUCUCUUGGUAACACCAGUGGACAUCAAUGCAACAAACUCCCUGGUACCCCAGGCCAGCUGAGAGGACUGAAAAUAUUCCAAGGAUUUGGAUUUUUUGUCACAAUUAGCAAUGUUGUUACAAUAACUGUACUAUACAUUUGUAUAACAAUAUCAAUAGUAAAGCAACUAAAGAGGAUGAAAUUUGUAAAAGUGAGGAGAGAUAACGUUAUAGUUACUACAUCAGACGCAACAGGACAAACAUAUGCUCCAAAAAUCCAAGUAAAUCUACAGUCAGCGACAAGUGAUACGGAAAUUUCAAUAGAAACCUCUACUCGAAUGAAUGAAACUAAAGAACAUACAACUAAAUCUGCUACAAAGAAAUCGACUUUUAGAAUAUCUUUUAUGUUUAUGACCAUUUCCAUCGUUGCAUUUCUUGCAUACUUGCCAUCAUGGACAUUUAUAGUGAUUGAAACGAAUAACCCUGCAUUUUGGAAAAGUCUUCCUCCUACUGCAUUUUAUAUUUGUCUAACCUUGCGUCGGAUGUACAUGAUUAAUCAUUUUUGUAAUCCAUUUAUAUAUGGUGCAUUUGAUUAUUCUUUCCGUGAAAAGAUAAAGAAGAUGUUUUGCAAAAAGUGA